UGCGCGGACGGUAAGCGGUGUGCUAGUGUGUGAGAUUUUGUGAUCGUGUGCCGGUGAGGUGUGUUCUUCUUGGUUGUGCCCAAGCGUGCUACCAGCGACUUGUUCCUGCCCGAAGAACGGGGCCGGACGGAGUCAAGUAACCCGACCGCCGUCGAUCGGUUCGAUUUGUUCACCUCGCGUGUCCCAUCGCGUCAUCGAACACCAAUAUCGCUCACGAACGCCAUUCCCGCAUCGGACAGAUCGCCCGAGUGCAAUGACCGCGUGAGCACGGCACACGCCGGACGGAUUCGAUAGCGCGCGCAAAAGACACACAGCCGACGGACGAAUAUCCGUAACGAUCAUAUCAUUAUCACCAUGCCGGCCGAGGAUGCGCCCAGGGCCCUUGCCCGGUUCCGGCCGAAGUCGGCGCUAGCUGCGGCGGCGCUGCUGAUGGUGCUGUUGGUGACCACGUCCAAGAUCGUCUCCGCCUCAGAUGGUGGCGGUGGUGGUAUCAAACCUGUUUAUCCGCAAAUAUUCAACCUGGCGUCCCGGGCCGUUGUGACAGCGAACGCGACCUGUGGCGAGACGGAAAAAGGACCGGAAGUGUAUUGCAAGUUUGGCUCAGCGGGACAGCAGUGCGGCGUUUGCGAUGCCCGGUCUGGUGACCCGGCCAAGACGCACGGCCCAGCUUACGCGGUGGACAACGCCACGGCUGGCACGUGGUGGCAGAGCCCGUCUCUGCACAACGGUGACCGGUACCAGUACGUGACGUUCACGAUCGACUUGAAACAGAUUUAUCAAGUGUCGUACAUUAUUAUGAAAUUUGGUAUUUCGUCAAGACCCGGCAAUUGGAUUCUAGAGAGGUCAACAGACGGUGGUAUAAAAUACAAACCAUGGCAGUAUUUUGCCAUCAACGGUGAGGAAUGCAUUCAGAAAUAUGACGUUCAGCCAGCGUUCAACAAGGAUAAAAUAGUGCAAAUCUACCGAAACGCUACUUGCAUUACUUCAUUUUCGCGGUUCAAACCUCACGAAAACGCUGAAAUUCACAUCAAUCUUCUAAAAGGACACAAUAGCAUGAACUUAACGUCCACUGAAAUAUUAGACUUUUCUGCGGCCCAACACAUACAACUGAGGAUGCAAAAAAUAAUUUUACCCAAUGACAAGAUGGCGAUGUUGGACAAUUCAUUUAAACGCAAAUUGUUCUAUUCUAUCAAAGAUAUAUUCAUUGGGGGCAGAUGCAUUUGUAAUGGACAUGCAAAAAAAUGCAAGGAAAUGUCAGAAAAUGCUGAGCCGAGCUGCGACUGCCUUCAUAACACGUGUGGCCCAAAUUGUGACAGAUGUUGUCCAAUGUACAACCAGCGCCCAUGGAAAUCAGGUCCGGUGAUAUGUGAAAAAUGUCAAUGUCAUGGUCAUGCUACUGAAUGUCAAUACGAUCCGAUUGUCGAUGAAGAGAAGUCUAGUCUGGACAUCUACGGAACGUAUUCAGGUGGUGGAAUUUGUAUCAACUGUUCAAAACAUACAAUGGGUACAAAUUGCGAAGUGUGUGAGCUUGGGUGGUAUAGACCAAUAGAUGUCCAACCUGACGAUCCUGAACCAUGUUUAUCAUGCGAAUGUCACCCUGACGGGUCCGAUGGCAAUGUGUGUAUUCCCGACAAAGAAACAGGAAUCGCACUAUGUAACUGUUUGAAAGGGUACGGUGGUGCCAAAUGCAAUGAAUGUGCACCUGGUUACAACGGGUUUCCUAACUGUAAACCAUGCGCUUGUGAAGAACGUGGAAUUAAAACAGUGCCUUUGUCCUGUGAAAGCCAAUGCGAUUGCAAGGAACAUGUAACCGGAGACAAUUGUGAUAAAUGUAAGAUGGGCUAUUUUAAUUUAAAAUCCACGAACCCUGACGGCUGUGAGAAAUGUUUUUGCUCUGGUGUGUCAUCGAUAUGCAAGACAGCGACGAAUUUAAAAGCAACUAGGAUCAACGAAACUGAAGGAUGGUUAAUAACUGAUUUAAAAUUAACCAAAACCAUAUUUCCAUCAACGGACCCGAGUACAGGACUCGCGUUAAUAAGCAGCUUUGAUAUACCAGUUGACGUUGACAGCUUUUAUUGGCUAUCUCCUAGUCAAUUUACUGGUAAUAAGUUGUCUGCGUAUGGUUCUAGUUUAUACUUCAGUAUAUCAUGGGUCAUAAUGCGAGGUGAUUCUAGCGGCAGACAAAUGCUUGAUCCAGAUGUCAUCAUUAUUGCCAAGGAAAACAUUCUGAUCGCAUACGGUGGCAAGAACUUGAGAUAUUCGAACAAUAUUUCUGGUAACGUGAAUUUGACUGAAAAUGAUUGGUUUUAUGUGACAAGAGAUUUUAAAAAUCUCGAAACACCUGUUGAUAACACUGAAGUGUCACGUGAUGAAUUUUUAUCGAUCUUGUCUGAUAUUAAACAUAUACUUAUUAAAGCAAAAUACCACACCAAUCAAGUAGAAUCAAAUUUGAUUAGCGCUUAUAUGGAUAUGGGAGAUAUAAACGGAAGUGGACAAAUUAUUGAUGGUAUAGAAAGUUGCACAUGUCCAAUAGGAUAUUCGGGACUAUCAUGUGAAAAUUGUGACUAUGGUUAUGUAAAACAGAUUGAUCCAUUUUCUACAAAUAUAAUUUGUAAAAAAUGCAACUGUCACAACCAUUCACCAGAGUGUGACCAAAUAUCUAGUCAUUGUUCGAUCUGUGAACACAACACAACUGGACCGCAAUGCAACGAAUGUGCCAUUGGUUUCUAUGGGAAUGCAAUUGAGGGCACACCGAAUGAUUGCAAAAAAUGUGCUUGUCCCCUGGAUGAGAGUUCGAACAAUUUCAGUCCUACUUGUAAAUCGAAUAGUGUAGGAGGUUAUAUUUGUACAGAGUGCCCCGAGGGAUACUCUGGCGAUCAUUGCGAAAUAUGUGCUCCAACAUAUUUCGGAAAUCCAUUAGUAAUUGGUUCUACUUGUAAACCAUGUGAUUGUAAUGAAGCCCCUUGUGAUAACCUCACCGGGCAAUGCAUCAAUUGUCUAGGAAACACUAUUGGGUGGAAUUGUAAGGAAUGUAAACCUGGUCAUUUUGGAAAUCCCAUUAUUUCUGACUGCAGACCCUGUGAUUGUAACGCUAUCGGUUCAGUUAUAACUGAUUCGUGUAAUGUAGACACUGGCCAAUGUCAGUGCAAAGAAAAUUUCACCGGUAGAACAUGUGAUCGUUGUAUGGAUGGUUUGGGUAAUAUAACUGCAGAAUGCGUGGAAUGUAACUGUAAUCACAUUGGUUCUAUAUCUGAUUUGUGUGAUCCUAGAUCAGGAUUAUGCCCAUGUAAAAAAGGUGUUUCUGGCAUAAAUUGUGAUACAUGCAGCGAUGGUUUUCAUUUAUUUUCAAAUCAAGGUUGCACUGAAUGUCAAUGUAAUGAAACAGGAAGCAAUAAUAAUAUAUGCGAUCCUAUAACUGGUCAGUGUAAUUGUCGAUCAAACGUGAUUGGAAAUCAAUGUGAUGCUUGCAACGACGGUUUUUGGAAUAUUUCUGAAACAGGAUGUCAAAAAUGUAGCUGUGACAAAAUAGGUGCUAUUAACGAUAUAUGUAAUUCGGAAAGCGGAGAGUGUGCUUGUAAGCUUGGCAUAGGGGGUAAAAACUGCGAUCAAUGUCUUCCAAAUUAUUAUGGAUUUUCUAUAUUAGGCUGUUCAGAAUGUGAAGUAUGUGAAAAACCUGGACACACUUGCGAUAUGGAUACUGGCAGGUGUGUGUGUCCUCAACUAACAGAAGGACCAAAUUGUAGUCUAUGUACAGCCAAUGCUUUUAGAUGGGAAAUCAAUAAAGGAUGUCAAGAAUGUCAUUGUGAUUCAUUUGGGGCUUUCAAUGGGUUAUGCAAUAACGAAACCGGGUCUUGUGUUUGUCGAACUGGCUAUGACGGUCCAAAAUGUGAUAAAUGUUCUUUUGGCUACUAUGGGUAUCCAAGAUGUCGGCCAUGUGCUUGUAACUAUGCUGGAAGUGAACCAAACCAAUGCAACGAAACUUUAUGUGGUUGUGAUGAAUUUGGGCAGUGUGAAUGCAAGAUUAAUGUUUACGGAAAGCGAUGUGAUCAAUGUAAAGAUGGAACCUUUGGACUUCAUCCAAUAAAUUCGGACGGAUGUAUACCUUGUUUCUGUUUUGGGAGAAGCAACUCAUGCACAGCAGCAGGCUUAACAUGGAAUCAAAUCAGAUUAUCACAAACACGUACUUUAUCCAUAAACUAUGAUACAAAUAAUAAUACUCUGUAUAGAGAGGGUGAUUAUCCAGUCAAUACUCAAGAAAUAUGUUAUAUUAAUCUAGCAAAUCCAGAUAGUACAGGAUUAAAACCUAACAAAGACGAACGGAAUCAACUUAAUGUAACUAAUAAUCUCAGGGUUAUACCGGGAACUAUAAGUAAUGUUGAGAUAGGAGUGAAAUAUUUGUUCGAUACUCCUGUUUAUUGGCAACUUCCUAAACGUUUUUGUGGAGAUAAGGUACUAUCAUAUGGUGGUUACAUACGGUUCACCAUAGAUGCCGAAGGAGGAAACACUCUUUUCCCUCAAUCCAUUCUUACUUCAUACCCACUGAUUCAGAUUCAAGGUAACGACCACAUAAUAUUAGAACAUUUCCCAUCAACCAUCAAUGUGGGGACAAGCCAUCAAGUAAGGUUACACGAGUCAUUAUGGCAAGUCAAAAACAAUCCUAGCGCCAAAGUCAGCCGAGAAAUACUUAUGCUUGCACUACAAAAUAUAAAAUAUAUAUUUAUUAGAGCUACUGAUUCAGUUGAUUUCACAACAGCAACUUUAAAAGAUGUAACUUUAGACACUGCUACAAUGUCUCAAAAAAAAACUAACCACUUAACUGCUUCUCAAAUUGUUGAAGUAUGCGAUUGUCCACCAGAAUAUAAUUCUUCAUCUUGUCAAGACCCAAGCUUGGGAUACUUUCGUUACUACAACACUUCAGUAAGUGCUACAAUAAUAAUACAGACUGUCGGUGAAGCUCGGCAAUGUGAAUGCAAUGGAAGGUCAUCUAUCUGUAAUGUUGACACCGGAAUUUGCAAAAAUUGCACGCAUAACACUGGAGGUGCUCAUUGUGAUGUAUGCGCGGAAGGAUAUUAUGGAGACCCAUUUACCGAUGGUUGUGAACCAUGUCCCUGUCCAUCAGUUACAAAAAAUUACGCACAAUCUUGUGAAAUCGAUUUUGAUGGGAAACUAAUAUGUCAUUGCAAACAAGGUUAUAAAGGAAGCAUGUGUGAUCAAUGUGAAUAUGGUUGGUUUGGAUAUCCACGGGAAGAAGGCGGAAAAUGUGAACCAUGCCAAUGUAACAAAUUUGGCAUAGUAAGUGAUGAAUGUCAUGAAGAGACAGGUCAAUGUAACUGUAUGCCAAAUAUAACUGGUAGAGAUUGUUCGGUUUGUCAAGAUAAACAUGUUCUGACGAGUAAAGGAUGCACACCUUGUGAAGAUAAAUGCAUUGACACAUUAUUAGAUCACGUGUUUAAACAAAUUAAAUUGUUGAAUGAAACAACUCUUCAUCUUGCUGAAGGAAUGAUAUCUCCACCAUGGUCACAACUAUCUUCUGUUAGAGAAAAUAUAACAUUUUUAAAUAACAUAAUAAACACGUCAAGUCAGGAAAAUCUAAAACUAAUAAGCCUUUCUGAUGAAGUUGACCAAAAUCUUAAAAAGAAAUUUAAGUACGCUUUUGUUAAGGCCAAGAAAUUAUUGAAGUCAUCUCAAACUAAUGAAAAUGAAAUACAACCUCUUCACGAGUUAGCCGAAAACAAGUUAACUAACAGCAUUGCUCUAGAAAGGGAAGUAGAUGAAUUAGUUAACAGUUUGCAGAGCUAUAGCUUUGAAGAUAGGUCUCAUGUAAAUAUAAUAAGUACUAUGAGAGAAGCAAAAAAUUAUCUGAGCAAAAUAAAUAACAUUGAUUUUGGUCCUUCAAUUGAUCCAAAAGCGAUACUCAAAACAUGCUCAGACGCAAUGCAGAAUUUACAGUUAAACACAGGAAGUCAAGCUCAAACCAUUAAUCUUCGACAUAAAUUUGAAACCUUAUUAAAUCAAGUGAAGGAUUUUGAUAAUAUAUUAUUGAAUCUUUCAGAUACUUCAGAAAUAACGGUGCAAUUGAAACAACAGAAUUUUGAAUCGCUAAAUGAUCUUAAUAAGAUGAUAGAAGAUAUAAAUCAUCUUGAUUUAACCUUUAGCACAAUACAAGGAGAUACCAAAGAAUUACUGAAAGAAGCUAGAGAAAAUUAUUUUUCAUCUUUAAAUAAACUCGAGGAAUUGUUAUUAAUCAAACCAAAAUUGGAAAACAUAAAGAAAAAUAUGAAUAAAGGAAAAGACUUUAAUCCUCGAUUUGAUGAUGAUCAACUUUUGGUUAAUUCGGCUGAAAUACAUGCUAAUUAUCUUUUACAGACUGCUCAAAAAUAUGCAGAGCUAUUUAAACCAAUUAGACAUGAUGCAAACAUUGCUCUAGAGGCCAGCAAUGCAUAUUUAAAUAUUGUUGAUUCUCUCCAACUAGCUCGUAAUGCAGUUAUUAAUGCUAGUAUAUUAGCUGAUACAUCGUUCAAAACGGCGUACCCAGGAGUUUAUCAAGAAUCAUUAAUCGAUAAAUCCAAAACAGCUGAAGAGUUAUCCAAACUAACCUAUACAAGUACGACCGAUAUCAAGAAUAUUGUUGAUUCGCUUCAGUCAGAUUUUGACAUACAAGUUGAUGAAAUAGAAACCAUUAAAAAUGACAUGAAACAAAUUGUGAAAAAUGAUAAUUUAAAUUCAAAACAAAUAACAGAACUUGAACAAUCCGAAGGAAUGAACAUGGAACUAAACAAUAAAGAAGACGUUGAUCCGUUAGUAAUUGCUUCGAGUAAUGUUGAGACUAAAAUCAAAAAUAUUCAAGAUAAUAUUGACAAUAAAUUACGCCCAGUUUUGGCUCAAUUGAAUGAAGAAGGAGAACCAAGUCUGACAAUUGCACAGGAUAGGAUUGAUGAAACUGAAGAACAUGGGAAAAAAGCCAUUGAUAUGCUCAGUCGAAUCCUCAAAACUUCUGAAGAUUUUAGUAAGAAAGUAGCUGCUUUUAACCAUUCUAUGAAUGCUAAGCUUGAAGCUCUACGGAAUAAAAUUACAAAAGCUCAUCAAAUCGCUGAUGGUAUUCGAAUAUCGAUAUCUGGUCAAGAAAACGGUACUGACAAUGCGUGUAUUCGUACGUAUCAGCCAAAGUUCUUGGAGCCUAGUACAAGAACUACAAUUGUAUUGUCUUAUGCUAUAAGCUCAAACGAAAGAGACGCUUUGUUAUUUUAUCUCGCUAGUAAAACCACGGGUGAUUUUGUAGCAAUCGAAAUGGUGAAUCGUAAAAUACGUUUUGUUUGGGAUGUGGGUGGUGGGAUUGGUGAGAUUACACAUCCAAUGCAUAUACAGACAGCUAGCGACCUAAACAAUGAUCAACACUGGUAUAGAAUCGAAGCGGAAAGAAUACACAACCUAGGUAAAUUGCUGAUCAGACCACAAGUAGUACCAAAUGGAUCGUCUCUAGCCAUGGGUUCUCCGCACACAAAUAUGUCCAGUGCAGGAAUGGGACGUUUGGAUAUAAAUUCUGAUGAUCAAAUAUGGAUAGGGGGGAUAGACAAAGCACCACUACCAUCGUACUUACACUCUAGACAACAUGGCUUAAUAGGAUGUUUACAUCAAGUUUGGCUUGAUGGUCGGCCCGUGGGGCUUUGGAAUUUUAAAUCACAACCAUCAGGGACUUGCUCCGCCUGUAUUGAAGGUGCAGAAGAUUUGGUGGAUGAUGGUUCCUAUAGAUUUUUUGGGGAUGGCUACGCUGUAUUACACUACGAUACUACGACUACGUACAAUAAGUAUUUAUUCAGUGUUUCUCUGAGUUUCAAAACAUUUGAUGAACGAUCUCUACUCUUUCUUGUCGAAGGUUCCCAGCCGGAUCAAUAUAUAGAAAUACGAAUACACGAUGGUAAAGUAGUAUUCCGAGUUAGUUACUCUGGGUAUUCCCUUCUCGAAAUAUCCUCAACAAGCCGAUACAAUACUGGAAGUUGGACUAAAUUAGAAGCUACUCGAUACUUUGAUAGAAAAAAGAAGUUAGAAAAAGGUGUUUUAAAAGUGGGUGGAGAAUCAAAAGAAGGUGUCCCAUCUCCUCCGCCAAAUCAAAAUGACAUACCAGAUUUAUCUGAAUCGGAAUAUAUGGUUGGUGGCGUUUCUCCUGGCUUCAAAUCUAUAAGUGGUUUACCCAAAUCGUUUUUGGGAUGUAUGUCGGACAUACAAAUUGCUCAACAAGGAUAUAAUCCAAUGAGAGGAAUAUCUUGGGGCGUCCAACCGACUUGUUCAGAUAAACCGUUGACUGUAGUGGGAUUCUAUGGAAAUGGUUAUUUGGAACUUGUAUCACACACGCUCAAAAAGAAAGCAUCAUUUGGAUUCAUGUUUGCUACAUUACAACAAGACGUGUUAUUAAUGUUAUCUACAACCGAGUCAUUAAUUCCUGGAGUAACUAAUACAAGUGAUAACGCUGAAGAAAUAAAUAAUAAUAUCGACCAAGAAAACAAGCAAAAUUACUACUCAGUCAGCUUAAGACGAGGCCAAGUAGACAUUCGAAUAAAUGCAGGACGUGGAGAAGUUAGACUUGCAAGUGAAGGGUUUGAAUUUGGUGAUGGUAAGUAUCACUCCAUUAUGGUGACCAAAAACGGAAAAAAGUUAGAGCUGCGCAUCGAUGACGUUUUGCAUUCGUCCUCGUCAUUGCCUGAAGGGACGAAUAUCGUGAAGGCACCUGGAACAGCUGGAGGUCUAUUUUUAGGAGGAUUGCCAAUAGAAAUAAAUACCACUGGAAAAGCGGUGUCUAGCGUUCCAUUGAUUGGUACGAUCAAAGAUGCUAUUUUCAAUGACCAACUUCUGUUUUUUGAUUCACCAAUCGAGUUCGAACACGCUGCUAUUGGGCAAGUAGGGCCAGUGCCGCAGAAAGACAAUAAUGUUUACAGUGAGAUCGCCUCAAUGACAUCAGCUGAAAAAUCAGUAGGCUGCGUGAAAGAAGGAAGCUUUUCACUCGAACCUGGUGCAGUUAAAUUUGGAGACAAUCCAAAUAGCUAUGUGCAUGUUACAUUUGGUAAACGCCACAAUAUGCAGAAAAACUUUAAAAUGGACUUCAGAUUUAGGAGCUUCUAUCCAAACGGACUGAUAUUUAUGUUGAUUGGAACACGUGGGAAGCAGACAAAUUAUUUAUUAAUGCAUUUGUAUAAUGGGCGUGUGCAGUUAGUAUUGAAGACGCGAAAAAGAGUUGAAAUAUCCACCCAAGCUGUAUUUAACGAUGGAAUAUGGCAUAAAAUUCAAUUAGUAAAAGAGAAUAAGACGUUGAAUUUCGUUAUUGAUUCAAUUCCACAGGAAAAAUUAAAUUUGACCAAAAAAUUAAGUACAGGCAAUACUAUGUACGUGGGUGGUAUUCCAGAAAAAGAUAUUCAACUACCGGAAUCGUUGAAUGUCCAACCAUUCAGAGGAUGCAUGCAAGGCUUUGCAAUAAAUCAUCAAGAAGAAGAGCUGGUAAGCGAAAAAGCAAUACGUCACAAGGUCGGACAAUGUUUUCCACAAGUUGAAAAAGGUUCAUUUUUCCCUGGUGACGCAUAUGCCAUUUAUAAAAACAAAUUUUAUGUGGGUGCAUUGCUGGAGUUGUCGUUAGAGCUGAAAACGACGCAGUCUACUGCGGUUCUUCUGUCUGUGUCGGAACCGGAAGGCUAUCCAGCCCUGUCAUUGGAACUGAACCAAGGUAAAGUAAUUAUCUCCGGUGAUAUGGGCGACCGCAGACCAUUCCGUGUCGAACAGAGUUUCCAAUCAGAAUUUGCUAUUUGUGACAACAAAUGGCAUCAGAUUCAAGCGUUCUACGUUGAAGAUAAACUCACCCUGAAAGUCGAUCAAUUUGAGCAAAAGUAUUGGCUUCUUGACAACGGGCACAUAACCGGAGCGCGUACACACAGUCCUCUGUAUAUUGGUGGAUUACCAGACGCUGCAUCAAGUGGUACCUUAGGAACCAGAGAAAACUUCAAAGGCUGCAUACGAAACCUUGUCAUUGGUGGCGAACGUACCGACUGGACCAACAUGGCGGGUCUUCACAACAUACUGUUGGGUUCUUGUCCAUUGAUCAUCCACUAACACUAUACAUACCUAAUAUUACCUAUUUCCCUAUUUUAUUCAGUUUUCGUUAUAAACGUUUGUGGUCCGAGAACGUACCUAGAUGCGAUAUUUAUAUAAUAUUUAUUAUUACGAGGAAAAACUAUGUAUCCUAUUUUGUACAUUGUACAUAACUAUAGUUUUCCGAGACUGCGCUCCUCCGUACUUUUUUUUUGCACGGCGGAUUUGACUUACAAUUUUUUUUUCUAUUGUAAAUACUCAUACCUACCAUAUUUCAAAUCAAAAGUAUAAUUAAUUUUUAUGAGUAUAAUAUUUAGGUAUAACCUAAAUGAGUUUAGGUAUAUAAAUAUAUAUUUUUUUAUUUUCAUUUUCAUACCAAUAUUACCUAUCAUUCAAUUCCUUUAAUUAUGUAUGUUAUCUUUUUUUCACGUUUCAUAACAUUAUGAUACAUAUAAAAAGUUGUUUAAAGUUUAUAUUUUAAUACAUGAUAUUUUAUAAUUAGAAAAUAUUAGAAAAGGCAAACGUGGUUUAUAAUCUAAUGUUUAUUACGUAUAUAAUGUACAGAAAUUCUUCUACAAGCAUAAUUACCUACAAGUAAUUUAUAUUAAAUCAUUUUUUACUAUUUUUUUUUAUCUUUAUCGUAUGAAAAAUAAAUAGAUCGAUAAUUAUCAAGACGUUUACUUUGUAGAUUUUGGGAAAUUUUUCUUUUUUAUUAUUGUUAAGAUUUUCAUUAAAAUAUUCAACAUUUUAAGUUUUUUUCAUCAGGUUUCUUAUAUUCAUAAUUUUAUAUAUAGAUUUUUUUAGUUUUAUUCAGAAUACAAUUUAAACUUAAAAGAGUAUUGAUGAUGUAUACGCUUACAAAAGUCAUAAUUUAUUGAUUUAAUAAUGUAAUUUAACUUUUUGUAUAAUGAUCAAAAUAUUAAUAUACAAUACAAACAAACAUGACUACUUUUUCAAAAAUAAUUAUAAUCUGUAAAUUCAGAAAUACAACUAUACUUAAAUUAAAUUAUAAUGUCAUUAGAGUAUUUUGUGAGAACAUAUUAUUAUGUUUUAUAAUUUGUAUAAAACACUUAUAAAUAGUUACUGUAUUAAAAAAAAAAAUAAAACAAAAUUUUCUUAAUAAUUUUUUUAGUACAAUCAUGUAUUUAAACUGUAUAUUAUUUACUUCGAACAAAGUAAAAUUUUUGUUUGGAAUGGAUAUCAUAAAUGUUAUAUUAUAAUGACAAUAAAGUAUUAUGAGUAAUAUGUGAUGAUAAUUGCCUUGUGACAAUAAUGAUAUAUUACACUAUUACGACUUAAUUCCAAAGAUUUAAAGUCCGGCAUCUGAUGAAAAGAUAAAGUUCUUGAAUGAUGCCCUUUAAGUCGCACAAAUACCGAAUAAAUGACUAACGUAAAAUCAUAAAUAUCUAUAUUUUCUAAAAAUAAAAUUAUGCACUUCUGCGGUUAGGUUUCAACCGCAGAAGUAUGAUAAUUUUUUUUUUUUUAAAGAAGAGAAAUUAAUUUAUAAUUUGUUUGAGGCUUUUUUAUUUACUGUAAUGUAUUUCUUUAAUUCUCGGCUACUUAAUUUUUAAAUAAACCAAAAAUCACAAUUUUAAGUUCACAAAUCAUACAUAAAAUUCAUAUUUAGUGAAAAAAAAAAAUUGAUCUAUACUUCGAUUUGCGAGAGAACUCAAGUCUCUUGUGCAUCUAAAUGAAUAUAAUCUGUCUGAGGUUAUACAUUUUUCCACCAUGGGAACUUGUACAUGUAUACAAUGCCAAUGCUGUGCAGUCUACCGGCGAUGGCAACGAUUGACAGACAGCGCUCGCACGGGUAAAGUCGUGGGAGUUUUCUUGCUUAAUGAAGUAUAAAACCAAUUAACAAAGUGAGUAGAGUUUUAAAGUUUCAUGAAAUAUUUCAUUUAUGUGAAAAAUAUAAAUAAAAAAAUGUAUUAUUACAUCUAGAAGUUUAUGGUCAUAUACUUACAGCAAGAGACAAUUUUUAAAAGUUGUUUUAUAGUAUACAAUUAUUAACAAAUAAUAGCGCAUAGGAACUCAAUUGAAAAGUGAUAACUAAUAAUAUAAUACAGUUUAUACCUAAUUUACCUAUAAACAUUAAUAAUUUAAUUCGUAAAUCUUGGUUGAUAAGUCAUCCAUUCUCAAUCUUUUCUGUGUGCAAUCAAUAAUAAUUUAUAAUUACUUACCUACAACCAAAUAUGUUUAAAAGAAAAAAAUGUAUACAUAAUGUCAUUGAAAUAUUCAAGAAGAGUGACAUUUUUAUUUUUGAAAUAUUUCCAUUGAAAAACUUCAAUUGUAAUAUUUCAAAUUGAGAACCUUAGUGUCAUGGUCGUAACUAGCAUUAAAUAGUAACAGGGGCUAUAGUCCUAGAAAACAUAAGUGGAAAAUAACAUGUAGAAAACCAUAAAAACAAAGAGUUUCCUUGUCAUUAAAAACAAAAUUAAAAUAUUAAAUUAAGCAUAACAUAUUUUAUUAAUUAAAGUCAGGUCACUGAAUUUAUUUUGGGUCAUAGGUAACCUGAUGCAUGUCUUAAUUUUUCUCAUACACAAAAAACAAAUAUCAAUAUAAUAAUAUUCAACCACCUAUGUUACCUGUACGAUAUCACUAUUAUAUAACUAUAUAAAAAUACGCCAGUACAGGUAAGUACUUAUUUAAAGAUGGAAAAUAUAAUAAUAACGGUGUGUUCAGGAUAAGGAUCUGAAGCUUGAAGCUAAUAAGCUACACACAUUACACAUAAACACAUUGUCUAAUGUAACAUAUUAUUAGAAAAUUAGUAUCAACACAUGUACACGAUAGGUCAAUCAUAUAAAUACUUUGUAUAAAAACUAUAAAAUGAUGAAUAGUAAUAAUAAGUACCUUCGUAUUCUAAAUUCCAUUUUUAGACUUAUGUAAACCAAUACCUAAUAAUUUAUAUUAUAUACAAUUUAGAACAAUUUACGAUAUUCUACUUGCUACAUCCAACACUCACAAUAUAUUUAUCUCCUCGAUAUAUUUAUGAAAGGAUAAGGUGACUGACUGACAGAUAAAUCUAUUAACUUACAGCCAUAACCAUAGGACAGAAUUGGUUGACAUUUGGCAUUCUGAUACCUACUAUGACAUAGGCUUCCGCUAAGAAAAGAUUUUUUGGAAAUUCUACUACACAAAGGGAAUAUAAGGGUUUGUAAGAAAACAACAGUGACUCAAUCUACCUAGCAAAAUAAUAUUUAAAUAUCCAAUGUUAGAGCAAAAUUACGGAUCUAGAAUAUUAUGUCGUGGCCAUCAUACCGAGGUUGUUUUGGCACAAAACUGUUUUAACAUACAUAAUAAAA